AUGCAUUCCAAGGUCUUCUUCACGAUCCCCUUGCUCUUCGCUUCCGCGUUAGGCGCCGCAGUCAAUGAAGGAUCAUCAAUCACAAACACAAAGACAGCAUGUGUGACAAGGACAGGCACCAAGUCUUUGAAAAGUGUUCCAACCUCGAGUUCUACCAGCACCCAGGUCCUUCCUCCCAACGUUAUCACCAAAACAUCACGAACUACCGUGAAGGUCACGCCAAAGGCAAAGACUAUCACCGUCACAAAAGUCGACGUCAAGAAGGUCACUACAACUCUGUUAACAAUCACGAAACCCUUGACUACUACGGUGAUCCAGACCAACACCGUAACCAGCACUAACUUCCAAACUGCAACAAGCAUCAUCAGUACAGAGGUGUCUUCUUCAACAACGGUCACAUCUACCAUCCCAACUUCAUCCGGAUUCUUGAACAUCGUAGACAGUGCUCCCUUGGUACUGCAACCCACUAAGAGGGAAGUGAGCCCGCUUUUACAGCGAGGCAACAAGGAAGGAUGUACCGGAGUGUGGUUUCCAGCGUCUGUUACAUGCAACACCGUACUACAGAUCAAGGCCAUCAUAACCACAACCGUCCAGGGCUCACCAGUUACUAUCACCGUACCAGCACCGCUUCUUCUCAGCACGACAACAAUCACCUCAACCAAAACUGAAACUCAACUACUCGCCAAGGCCACAUCUACCGUCACUCAAACCUCAACAAUUACUACUACCAUGGUAGAAGUUGGUACCACGACCUCAGUAUCGACGACCACUUCCACGGUAGUCUCUUCAACCACUGUCACCUCCUACGCAGCUUGCUCAACGAACAACAUAAUCUCUAGCUACAACGGAAUACCUGUUGACAGUGUACCUAUCUUCCAACUAUCAGGACCGAAUCAGAUGGCUGCAUCUACGCACACCGACCUCUACAACAUCCGGACUCUAUUCGGCUUCUGGAACUCUUACCUGGGCGACAAGUACGAGGCACUAUCCUACACCUGGGGAGAACCAGUGUUUCCAGAAAUCGUCAUGGAUGUGGCCUCUGGCACAGUGACCCACAUCACAGAAAAUCUUUUCGACGCUUUGCAGGCUUUACGGAACGAAAAUGCACCUCGAUUACUCUGGGCAGAUGCAGUGUGUAUCCACCAAUUCAAUCUGAAUGAGAAGGGGCAUCAUGUAGCGCAGAUGGGCGCUGUCUAUCGGAACGCCUCAAGUGUCACUGUAUGGCUUGGACAAGAAGAUGCUACGGAAGGGAUCCAGGUCCUCCGAAAGCUUAGCGAAGAUAAAGAAACAAUCAUAAGCGCCUUGGAUUUCAAUGACGGUGGUAAAGCCAUGUUCGACAUGCUACAUCUCACAGAAUCUGACUCACCGCUAUGCAAAUUGUUUUCUGGACCUUGGGUCGAAAGACUGUGGAUCGUACAAGAAUUCGUUCUGGCUCGAGAGGUCUGCAUAUUUGUCGGAAACGACAGCGAAGAACUCGAACGACUCUCCAUUGUUAUAACUUUGAUUCAGGAGUUGUUUAGUAAGAUAGGAAAGCGUCGUAUUGACCAAGGAAAUAUCGUUUUCUAUCACACUUACGAUCUACUCAUAUUCCGCGACCAUUACCGCCAGGUCAUCCUCUCAAACUCAUGCGUUUCACAAACAGUGGCGGGAAUUAAGGCCAGAGAUAUCGUAAAUCUAGGCAAAUAUCGGCAAUGCGGCAAUCCUCGGGGUCGAAUUUUUGCUAUGCUUGGGCUGUUCAACCAGUCGAUGGCCAUCGUGCCCGACUACAACGCGAUACUGAAUGAGAUAAUCCAGGACUUCACGGUCAAAUCCCGCUUGCCAGUUCAAGCCCUAGUAUCCGACGCUCAACACCUGCCGAUCUAUGGAACCUCAAUCGAUGUUGUUAUGUCCGUGUUGGACGUGGAACAUUUCGACAGCUUUUCGUCAUCAGCACCAUCGGCUUCCCACUUCACUGCUUGGCUGACUCAGUUCCAUCCUGAUUUCACGGCUCUUUGGUUAGAACGUCUCAAGUAUGACGCGAGAUUCUCUGUAGAUGCAGACACCGGCGGCAUGAGAUCGAACCUCCCAGGACCCUCACCGUAUAAACAGGGAUAUAUGGGCUGUCGCCACCGGACCAUGGACCCAGGAGACGAAGUCGCGAUUUUCGACAGCGGGCACACACCGUUCAUGCUUCGCAAGGUCACAGACAACCAAACAGAACACCCUGACUACCAACUUGUAGGCGACUGCUGUCUAAGAGGAUGGAUGAGCGGGACCUACUUUGGCCACGAAAUCGAGGAUGAGGUUUGCGAGCUCAAUGCACACCUGGAGAGUGAUAAUGAAUGA